AGGUUGCGUGCGUGAGCAACGUCGUUGGAGGAAAGUUCGCUGAUGGUGCACUAGCACCAAACGGAAAGCAUAUCCUCGAAUAACCAUAACUACCGUACCGUGCGCAUGGUUUUGUGAAGCUCUACGAUCGGAAUUUGGCACGCAACCAUGCACCAAAUUUUCGUGUUGUUCGUGAAAAGUGUUUGAAAACGGUGCAAAAUGGAUGCAAGAGCAUCGUUCUGCACGAAGCGUCCAUCAGUCGACCGUGGCCAGCCGUGAUUUUCUAUAGAAGUGAUGUGUUUCUUCGAAGCUUCAUAAAAAAGCCAUUCGCCUCCAUAGCUUUGCGAAGGAGGGAAGGUCUUGCCCUUAGAUCGUUUGAUAGUCGUAGUGUGUGUGUGUGUAUGUUUUAAAGAAAUCCUCAAUCGUUCGUUGAAAUCUCGCUGAAGCAUCGCGUUGUGCAGAGUAAACUCUGCUUUGGGAAAUCUUUUCGCGGUUACAAAAUGUGUGAUAAAUCUAACGGCCACGGUAUGGCCGACGGUAGUGUUGGUGGUCGCAAUAUAACAAUCGAAGCUGGUACGAAUAAUGGCGGAACGUCGGCGGAAUCGGUCAGAAAUCUCACCGAAUCGUCCGGCCCCGGUGGCCAACGGUUGGGGCAGAACGACAUCGUACAGCAGCAGUUUACACGCUUUGCCGAUUAUUUCGUAAUCUGCGGAUUGGAUCUGGAUUCCGGGCUCGAGCCGGAUUUAUUUGCAGGUGACAGUCUCCAUUGCUCGCCGCUAGACAGUGCGUACAAAAGCAAACCGCUCGGCCACUAUCCGGAACACGUCGCCUGGAAUCCGUUCGAUGCGCACGGUAUCUGUAUGCUGUCCCUGCCGCAAGGUUUGCGUUUUCGCACCCAAAAGCACAACAUCGAGCCACGGUUCCACGCGUUUGCGACGACGCGCGAGGACGGCAAACGGUGCUACGGCUUUAGCUUGGUGUUUUACGAGGAAGUGCGCAACCGUCAGAUAUGUAGCGCCAUGCACACGCUCCAGUCGAUGUUCAUAACGGAAAUAUCCAGCUCGCAGCAGCCACCGCCGGGAACGCUCCGGCGCGUCAAAGAAAGCCCCGUCAGCCGGUCCCUGCCCCGACACUUUAAAAUAGCCGCCCAAGCGCCGGCAUCCGCGCUCAGCUACUACGACGUCACGAAGGAUAAGCUGUACGUGGCCAAGAGCCUGUCGCUCGUCUGUCAGGUGCCGUACGCCCACGUGGCGGAACUAUUUUUGCAGAAUCUCUAUCGUUGUCUUCCGCGACAUCCCGGUUCCCGGCUAAGUCUGGAAAGCUACGUGUACAACAUCCUGUACGAGGUGUCGACACCGCCGCCGGGAAAAUCGAUACGAAUAUACAUACCCCCGGAAGAGCCCCACCUACCUCCCAUCGCCACCAUACUGCAGCGACCGGCACAGAAAGACGAGCUACCCUUCAUGGAUUUCCCAUUGCGGCUGUUAUUUACCUAUCUCGGUGUCGAGUGUGUCAUCCAGCUGUUCACGUGCGUGCUGCUCGAAAGCCAAGUGUUGCUCCGGUCGUCGGACUAUCAAAAGCUAACGAUCGUGGCCGAGUGCAUCACGUCGCUGCUAUUUCCCUUCCAGUGGCCGCACGUGUACGCCCCAAUACUGCCCGCCUCGCUGCACCACUUCCUCGACGCACCGGUCCCGUUCGUGAUGGGGCUGCAUGCGGACUGUGACAGCAGCGUGCGGAUCGGCAGCGAGGCGAACCUGUGCUAUGUGGACAUCGACAAGAAAUCGGUACAGCUGCCCGAGGAGCUACCCUCCUUUCCGUACCGGCACGAUUUCAUCUCGGAAAUAACGGCCGUGCUCGAUAAGUAUGCGGUGCCGCGCGACCGUUCACUCGAUCCGCCCAGCAUACUCAGCCCAAAGAAUCUCCUCAAGGACCAUGACAUGAUGACGGCGAGCUGUACGCUCCCGUCCGGGAUGCACGUACGCCGGAAGCAUUCGCUGCACGAUCUGCUCGACUGGGACCGGCCGAACUCGCCCGAUAUGCCACUGCCCGCGACAGCCGUACCGGCCCGCCCGGACGUACGGCAAAGGAUCGUCGAUAUCGUGCGGCGCAGCGGUGGCGAUGAGGUUGACAGCAGCGGGGGACCGAACGAGGUGAUGCCGAGCGCCAAGCAGAAGCAACCGCUCUCGACGCUCGAGCAGUACUAUGAAGAUCUGAGACUGAACAAUGCACUGCGCGAAAUAUUUCUCAACCGGUUCGUGCAGAUGUUUGCCGCGUAUGAGCAUUUUGUUAUACUUCCCAAUCAGAGCAAAGAUGAAUGGUUGACGAACAGAGAGUCGUUGCACAACUUCGACAAAGCGUCGUUUCUUUCGGACCAACCCCAGCACCAUCGGCCGUUCCUGUCCCGCUUUCUCGAGAGCCAAAUGUUUGCCACGCUGAUCGAUAACAAAAUCAUGCUGUCGUGGGGUGACGAUCUGAACGGAUGUCAGUUGGUGGACAGCUUGAACGGUGACAUGGAGUACAGUUUAAAGCUGUUCGAUUCAAGGAUAAAAAUUUUACGUAAACGAUACGGUGGCGAAAGUAUGAUCCGUACCGCCAACUAUGAACCAUGUAUACUAGCCCGAGAAACGCAAAAGCUGCUCGACAAACGGUUGCAAGCAGUGGACAUGGAGGUGGCCCCACCGAGUGAAAUCCUGGACAAGCGGCCACCCUAUUACCGUAGCUUCCCGCUGCUGGAGAAAUCCGUCCUCAACCAAGAAUGCGUCUCGAGGGGCAACAGUUUGCGGCGGGUGAAAAAUGGCAGCACGAAAUGGAAGGUGAAAGAGAUUUCCCUUGACGGUGAUGCGGACGGGAAUAAAUCCAACCGCAACUCGGCCAACCUGUCCGGUGCCGAAAUCAGUCCGGCACUGCUGGCACAGGCCAACUGGACGUUCGUUGAAAAGCUUCUAAAGGACAUCAAGAGCAAAACGAAACGUAUGCUGCUGGAAAAAAUGGGCACGGAGGCAAUAGAGCUGGGUCUCAGUGGUGAAGCGUCAGUUACGGGUGUGGAGGAGAACACAAUGAUUGCCUCAUUGUGUGAUCUGCUGGAGAAAGUAUGGUCACAUGGGCUGAUCAGCAAGCAGGGCAAAUCGGCCCUCUGGACCCAUCUGGCAGCGUAUCUGGAGAUAAAGGAUUGUCAAAACCCGGGCAAACAUCAGAUGGAAAACAGCUAUCUCACCCCAGGUACGGUUCUAACCUUUUCUUCCACACAUACAGCCUUAGCGUGGACUGUCAUGCGGAAACGGAUGGAUUAUCUUUCAUCGCUAGCUAUCGAACCGCAGCUUCCACCGCCUUCCCCUACCCGGGGCCGGUCCAAAUCUCGGGAACGUAAAAGUCUGGGUCCCGAGCAGCUGCGACCACUUCCGGAAUCGCUAGAAUUUGACAUCCGCAAUAUUCUAGCGAUGACGGACAUUAAAACGCACAUCGGAUACGCCCGAGCCUGGGUACGGUUGGCGCUGGAAAAGAAGGUGCUGUCCCGUCACUUGCGAACGUUGCUGUCGGAUGCCGCACUGUUGCGCCAGCUCUACAAACGGUCCGCAUUUGUACGGUGCGAUGACGAGGUGGAACAGUUCCUGUACCAUUUGCUAACGCUGAAUGCGGUCGAUUAUUUCUGCUUCACCAACACCUACCCGACGACGAAGCUGCCGUACCGUGUGGUUAUAUUCCCGUCGAAGAAAUCUAGCGCCGCUACGACAUCGGCAAACGUUUGGAUAGCGAUAUCGGGCAGUUUGGGUGAGACGCAGAUCAUCAACGUACCGCGACAUUCGCUCGAGUUUGUGUUCCAUCAUAAAACCCUCGGCAUCUUAACGUCCUUGCGGAUUGGGCAUGAUGAUACGGGAAUGUCAUCGAAGUGGCUGGUAGAGCAUGUAGUUAUAAGGAACGAAGUUACGGGACAUACUUACAAAUUUCCAUGCGGUCGGUGGCUUGGUCGUGGGAUCGAUGAUGGUUCGAUAGAAAGGCUGCUGAUCGGUCAGCUUGUGCCCCGUACCGUGGACAGCGAAGAGCUGGUGGAGGCGUGCCGUACGCCGCCCCGUACCCGCAGCCCCAGCAUACAGCGGCCGGAGGUACGCCCGUCGGACAUACAGCACAUGCUGGGUGAUUGUGUGAACGCGAUCGUGAAGUGGCAUUACCGGCCGAGCAGGGAUCGGGACGCCAGCUCACUAACGAACCUGCUGUGCGGUGAGAAUGGGCUGGUCAAGUGUCUCGAGCAGGCCUUCCUGUGUGGGUUCCGUUCGUCCCGUCUGUUCGGCCGCAACUUCUACCUUUGGGACUACUUCGUGCGGGUGAAGGAACAGUUCGAGAUAUGCUUGGUGGAGGAAUCGGUGGAAACGGUGCGCGGUGGUGGCGCCACUGGUGGUGGUGGCGGCGGCAAUGUUGCUGGUGUCGCUCUCUCGCCCGUCGCACGGCAGGAGCUAUCAGCCGUGUGGCACUGCUACUGUCACCUGAUGGACGAGAUCAAUAACGUAAAGCAAACGUUGGGCAAGGACGGUCGGUUCCAAUUGUUUAUCUGUUUGAGUUUGAGAGAACAUCUGCUGCACCGGAUGCUGGUGCCGAUGGCAUACACACGCGUGACGGCCGAGAUGUACGAGGAGCAGAGCUUCAUGCGGAAGAAGGGACUGCUGACAUUCCUGCGUCAAAUAUUGGAGCCCUUGGACGAGUUUCACAUAGUGCUGGAAAACUCAAUUACCCAAGGUAUCGGAUCUCACUGUUAGGCUGGAUCGGGUCCAUGUUCGAUUUCGAGCGUUAAAGCGUUUGAAGGAGUCGGUAAUCUCACGCGCACUCGAACAAAUUACUGGAUGGUACUCAAAUUAUCACGUUAAGAAUCUUUUUUUUCCUGUUGAUCAGUUCGUGAUCGGAAAAGGGACUCUCAAAUUUCGUUAAGCUAAGAAGGGUUAUUUGUUUCACUGAUGCAGCUAUGUGGAUUUCUCGGGGUUUUAAAAUUAAAUAUACUCUACUCUCAUAAAAUGCUGCAGGAUCAGUAAAGAAUAAGGCUAUGGCUCGAGAAGUUAUUCGUAAUCUUUUUUUUAUCGAAAUAGCAUGCUUGUCAGAUAACAGUGUAUGCAAAAAUGCUUACUACUGUACAUUUACAAUGUGGUACUUCCAUUGCAACAUAUGGCGUCUGUCGAAAUGGAUGUUUGGUACUACUGGAAAUAAUGGGUGUCUUUGGUUGUGUUAGGUUAUAGAAUUGAUCAUUAAGGUCCGCGCCUGCCGUUGAUCGAGAACGAAUGAUUUUACUGCAUAAGAUUAAUUACUACUCAGAUAGACUGAACCUCAGAACGAGAGAUUAUCUAGUGAACCCCGUUACGCAAUCCCAAUUCAGCAACUGUGGCCAAAGAAUAUGAGGAUAACACACUGCUAGGUUACACCAACGUAAAUCAUGUUUCCUUUUUGUUGUUAUUUGCUUUCGAUGAUUGUUUUGUAUACCGCGCGAUGAGUUACUGUUUGCUGUUACUAUUUCUUAUUUUAUAUGCGGGUUUUUUUUGCAGGGUUUUAGCUUUGUUUUUAAACUAAAGUAGUAAGAAUCGUAUUAAAUUUUGUAGGCGAGUGAGUGAGGGAUAGGAAGAGCAAAAUAGUCAUCGACGAUAAACUGUGCCAAAAUGAGCGAUUUCCCCGUGGAAGAACGACUCGCGCAUAAAUCUUUCGGGACGCUUGUUUCGUGUCCGAUAUUACGUACGACAAUUUAAGACUGGAUUGUCACACGAAACACGAAAGAAGCGGAGUUUAAUAGUUUAAAAAAAAACACCUUUCUGUAAUGAAACAGUGAAAAACGAUCGAUGUAACACCGUCGAGAGUCGAUUAGCUUCAUUUCAUUCGUACGCCGUAAUCGUUCCGUUGCCCUCCAAAGUCACGAAACAAUCUCCAUAUUAAUCUCCAGUGAUGCGUGUUAAUCACCCAUUUGAUAUUAGUCAAUCGAACGUACAUUAGAUCUGUUUAGUGGUAGAGAUGAACAUUUAGCUCUCGUGUAUAGUCGAGUCGGAGCUACCGGAACGCACCACUGUCACUGUGUCUUCGUGAGCAUGAAAUGUAAAACUAACAAUGAAGAGAAUAAAAUCAUCCAUUGCCGUUAAUGGUAG